AUGGCAUCGGCUCGCGCGCUCAUGGACUUAAACGCCGAACACGGCACGUCUGAAUUGAAGGAGGGCAUGCGCUUCAGCUCCGGCACAGACGCGACCUAUUUCAUGCAGGACUACACGUACAAUGCCAACACACGCUGUUGUGUUAAAAGCAGUGGAACAAUGAAGACGUACACUUGCAGCCACGACAAAAAAGCCAAGCCCAAAGGGGCCGUCUCGAAUGACGAGGGAGAGACAACUGUCAUCUCCUCGGUCGACGACAGGAGUAUUCCCGGUGAUGUGUGUGGAUGGGAGGUUCGCGUCUCGAUGAAGAGAGAGCGUGGUGGGCCUCAGCUCUUCUGGGUUUCGUAUAUUAACGACUUGCACAGCGACUUGUGUACGUCAACUGCCAAAGUUACCAAACGCCAGCUCACCAAACUAGCCACACUUCGUGCCGCGGUGUUGGGCGACCGGAAGGUUAAGGGCAAGGCACUUGUAGCGAUGCUUCAAUCUCGAGAUGGAGUCAACAUGCAGUUCAGCAGAUCACGUUAUAUCGUGCUAAAGACGCUAUCGUCGAUUCUGCUGAUGAUGCUGCUGCAUGUGCGUCAUGUGGAGGUGAUGGAGCUUCGUGUCACCUUGCCAGCUCGAAUGGCGUUCUAA